GUGGAUUGUGAGCGGAGACAGCAGAUCACCAUCAAUCCAGACGCUCGGUCUCAGCAGGGUAAAACAUGAAGUUGUUCUUCACCAUUGUACUCGCCUGUACUUGUAUCGCAGGAGGAUCGUGUCUCCAAUGCUUCACAUGUUCAGCUGUGUCGGAUCCCUGUACUCUGGACAUUACCACUUGCCUGUCGACCAUCACCAACUGCCAGACUGUUUCAUCUCAGACCAUCACCUUUCUUGAUGAAAGUGAUUUUGAAACGAUUAGUCGCAUUGACCAACGCUGUGAGGUUCCCUCUGAAGACUUUUCGUUGCGCACUGGGAGGGUGUUUAUCUCCCAGAACAUCCAUCUCUGUAGCUCGGACCGAUGCAAUGACCAGACGGAAGCAGAGCCGGCCAACAACACGAGGAACGGAUUGCAAUGUUUCGGAUGCUUCAACUCAUCGACGGAGUCCUGCCUGGCCAAUCAACAACGUGUGGACUGUGUGGGCCGACAGAAUCGCUGCGUGGAUGGAAAAGGCCGACAGAGAUUGUUGCCAAUUGGCAGCAAUAUGGUUUUGAAAGGGUGUGCGACGACGAAUCUGUGCGAAUUGGGGGUGGAUUUACGAGCAUUCAGCUUGUUGCUGAGUGAGGUGUCCUGUUGUGAAGGUGCUCUGUGUAACGGAGACAGAGGGAGCACGACCACAGCUGAUCCAGGCAGACAGAGGCAGGAUAUGAUCGUGAUCAUCAUCGUGCUGAUAGUGAUCGCGGCGUUCAGCAUCAUCUCGCUACUGGUGCUGGUAUGGAGGUGGGGAAAGCGCGCCGUCGACCCUCCUGCACAAAGAUGGGCAGUUGGCCAGCUAAGAUAUCACGAUUCUGCAGGAAGUGACAUGGAGCCAGAGCUGGCAUGAUGGGAAAUUAUGCCGACGGAGCACGUGCCUGAGGGCUGAGGGUCAGUCGACAAUUGUGUGGGUGCCAAAGGGGGCAGGCUGAGGAAGUGGGCAAGUGGCUGUUCUCCCCAACCCUGGGAAUC